AUGAUACAGAUUGUGCAUCUGAGAGACGUGUCCGGUGGUGAGAGUCGCAGCAGGAGAGGGGUGAGAUGUCGGGGGCUUGUGCCGAGGGCGGGCUGUCACGUGGAGCUCGAGGCGCCGGCGCGGCCGGGUCGCCCGGGUCUAGGGCCCGGCCGAGCUCUCGGCGCGGCAUUCCCCAGCCGGCAGGCGGCCGUCACGCUAUGUGCGCCGACACGCGAGGACUGCCGCGCGACGCGGCUCGUCGCUCUCCGGACGCAGGGCCUCGAGCUCGCUGCGAGGGCCGCUUCGCCAGCGUCGAGCCGCACUAGUCCCUGUUGUAUGGUGGAGCGAGCCGGGCGGGGGGCGGGAAGGCAGGUGGCGUCGCGCAGGUGCGGCCCGCGCCCGGCCCGGGGCCGCAUUCGCAGCGCGCGGAGGCGCGGGCACGCCGCGGCGCGCGCCCGCUCGCCUCGACGUGCUAAUGGAGCCGCCGUGGGAGCUCGAGCUCGAGUUGCGACGGCAUAUCGAGAACUGUACCUGUACCUGCGAUCACAUGGGCUACGGGAACUACAUGGACUACCAGGUGGCGCCAGGGGCGCACGCCUGCAUGUGUCGCGCAAUCACUUCGCCGCACGCCCACGUACGUGUCGUAUGUUUACCCGCGCUUCUUGCUACAACCGGCCUUUUCCCGCAUGA